GAUUGCAACUGUCAAAGUGAAUCUGACGAGAUUGUCAAUAUUGUUAUUCUAUCAAUUCUUUCUUUUAUUUCGGUACCGCACAAUUUAUUUUCUAUUCGACAGAGUAAUUUCUUUGUAUUUUUGUGCUCUGAUGUGAAUAAGACUUAAUUAUAUAUGUCUAGAAUAUCUUAUGUUUUACAGUUUAGGUUUUCUUUACAGUAGUAAAACUCAAAAUCUAUGAAGAACUGUGAAAGCGGGGGAAGCUUGCUCAGAACUACUGAAACGCCGCUUGCGAAAGCAAUUAAAAUCUCGUAUUACCCCGAACUCUCCUAGAAAAAGUUUAUUACUUAAAAGAAUCAAUCGUAAAUAAAUGCAAGGGCAAAGAGACAAGUGCGAAGUGUAGGCUUGCUGGUGAUAAGUGAAGUUUGAGGCACGUGCAGAGUGCAGGUCGUGUGUCGGGAGCGCUGCCUCGCGGCUCGGCUCGAUGGUGAUGGCCACGGGCAGCGUGUGUCAGCCGGCCGCCGGCGACCUGUCGCAUGAGGCGGGUGAAGCGAGCGACGACGCGAGUGAAGCGGCUGCCCUGCACGAGCGCCUCGUCGCGUAUGUGCACGCGCUCGCCGGCGGCCCCGAGCCGCGCUCCGGCGUGUGGGUGGAGCACUCGUACGCGCGCGCGCGGGGCGCCGCCGCCGCCGCGCACGUGCGCGUGCUGCUGGCGCCGCGCCUGCCGCCCGACGGCGCCCUCGACGUCACGGCCCUCGAGCCCGCGCCGCCGCCGCCGCCGCACGCCGAGCCGCCGGCCCCGGACGACUCCGACGGCGACGAGGACUGGGAGGCGCGCGUGGCCGCGCUCGCGCCCAGCGCCGUGCACGCGCGCCUCGCCGCCGCCGCGCUGGACGCGCUGCGCCGCAUGCGCCUCGAGCGCCUCGCCGGCUGCCUGGAGGCGGCGCGCGCGGCGGCCCGGCGCCUGCGCCUGGCGCUGGCCGCGGCCGCCGCGUGGCCCGGCGCGCCCGGCCCGCGCGCCGGCGCCUGGCUGCACGCCACGCUGCUGAGCGCGGCGCCGCGCGGCGCCCGGCGGCUGUACGAGGAGGCGGCGGCGGAGCUGCGUCGCAUGGCGCCGCGCGUGGCGGAGCGCGCGCUGGGCGCGGGUGAGGCGGGUGGCGCGGCGCGGGCGGCGGUGGGGCGGCCGGUGGGCGGCGGCGCGGGGCCGUGGCUGGUGUGGGUGGGGUGCGGGCGGGCGUGCGCGGACGAGCGCUGGACACGGCGGCUGGGCGCGCUGGUGCACGUGCGGGUGCUGGAGGCGAGCGCGGCGGCGGCGGCGCCGGACGCGUGGUGCGCGGCGGCGGCGGGGGGGGUUCGCGCCGCGCUCGCCGACGUGCUGCAGGAGGCCGGAGACCGUGCGGUGGUGCUGGGCGGAUUCGGCGCCGGCGCGGCGCUGUGCACGGCGCUGGCGGGCUGCGGCGGCGCGCGGCUGCGGGGGCUGCUGCUGCUGGCGCCGCCGCUGCUGACGGCGGAGGGCGCGCGCGAGCAGCCCGACGACCCGCUGCGCGAGCUGGCGCCGCCCGUGCUGCUGGUGGUGGGCUCCCGCGCCGCCACGUGCUGGCGCGGCGCGGCGCGCGCGGCGGCCCGCUCGGCGCGGCGGCGCGUGCUGGAGCUGCGCGGCGCGGACGCGGCGCUGCGCCUGCCGCGCGCGCUGCGGCGGCGGCGGCGCGUGCCGCAGAGCGCGCUGGACGCGGCGGUGGCGGACGAGUGCGCGCGCUGGCUGCUGGACGCGGCGCGCGGCGCGGAGGCGGAGGCGGAGGCGGAGGCGCGGGAGGCGCGGGAGGAGUCGCCGCCCCGCGCGCGGCGCCGGCGCCCCGAGCGCGCCGAGCUGCCCGACGACCACGAGGAGUUCGCGCACCUGCCGCCCGCCGCGCUGGCGCCGCCCGCCGCCCUUACGCCGCCCGCUGCUCCUGCGCCGGCCCCGCCUGGGAGCGAGGAGGGUCGCGUGGUGUCGCGCGGGCCGGCGGGCACGCCGCUGGCGCUGCUGCCGCCGCGCCGCGCCGCGCUGGCCGCCGCCGACAUCCUGCGCCUGCCCAUCGUGUUCGCGGACGACGCGGCGCCCGAGCCCGCGCCCGGCGUCACCGUGACGGCGGGCCGCGCGCACCCCUACUCGCGCGUCAUCGUGGCCUCGCGCGCCCCCGCGCCGCGCCCCGCGCGCCCCACCCUGCGCCCCACCCCGCGCCCCGCGCCGCGCCCCGCCCGCCCCGUGCUGCUGCGCCGCGGCCUGCGCCUCGUGCCGCGCGCCGACCCGCCGCUCUAGUGCGCUGUCGCCGCUCCACUUCCUCAAAUAUUUUGAUUAUUGUUAAUAAAUUUAGUAAUUAAGUCUCCCACUA